AUUAUAAACUGCGAAACCUUUUUAACCUUAUGAACGACAUCGACUGGAUUGAAAUAGUUGAGCGAGUCAUGAGGUACAAUUGUUUCUAUCUACUAUAGAAUCAAGACUUGGAAUGUUUGAGAGAAUGUGAUUUAUGUAGAUUGGUAUUAGCCACUCUAUUCACAACGAUAGUGAGAACAUUAAAAUACAUAGGAUAAGGCAUGACAAGAAUUAUGAAGAAAGCACAGUGGAUAAGACUAGCCCUUAUGCUACUGUGGGUUAUCAGUUUGGCAGCGAUUUUUUUCCUGGCCAAAGAGAAAUUUAAAAACGUUUUACGGCGUUCAAUGGGAACUAGCAAUACUUUAACUCGGAGAUCGUUGAUACUUAAUGUAACAAUUCCUGAUUUAAAUGAUGAAGCGAACUUCACAUCUGGUAAUUUUUAUAUGCCACGAGAUUGCCCAGUUAAUAUUACGCUAUUUACGGUUUUCCACGAGGGUCUGCGUGCAAAGCAAGUCCUUCAGAACAACACGCUUCUGAAUUGGAUGCAACUCCAGAGAUAUUGUAUCAGGCCAGUGUUCUAUUCCAAUAGACCCAGGGGUGUCUUAGGAGGCAAGGAGUACCACGGAUGGCAACACCACCCCCUCUCCGCUAAAAUGAUCGCUCACAAUAAUGUAAUCUUGAGGGAGCUGUUCACCCAGACGUUCAAGAGACACAACAGUGACUUCUAUAUGUUCGCGUACGCAGAUGUGUUAUUUCAUGGUGAUGCUUUGCUCAAAACACUAUCAGCAAUCAAAGAAUACGUAAGUGCAGCAGAAUUGGACAAUUUCUUCAUAUCAGGUUCAGGAUAUAAACCAUCAUUUUACAACAAUAAACGGAAACUUUCGAGGAAAUUGAUAUCUGGUAAUGAUAAUGAUAUUCGGAAACUCUUGCCUAACUGGAUCUUGAACAAACCCUAUGAUAAAUAUAUACUCGAAUAUUUCAUUACAACUAAAGACAGUUUUCCAUGGGAUGUCGUCCCUAACUUGGUUGUGACCACUCUGGCUCCUGAUCCCCUUCCAACAUUCUGGUUCCCCAUGUAUGCCAACAAGGUCGGUAUCGCAACAUUUGAUAUAUCCAAUACGAUAUAUCCAACGAUCCAAGCAGGACUAAACCCUGAUUUAUUUGACAAGAAACACAGAAUAGCUACCAAAAUGAACAAUUUUAUAUUUUUCAAAUCCUUUCAGAAGUACUGCCUCUAUAGGGAAGCUCUUUACUCCCAUUCGAGGGCAAACAUGACUACUUUGAAAUGCUUCAAAUUAAGAACUCGGAGGGAUGAGAAUGGUACUAUAGCUAUAGACGAAUCCGAAAUAUAUUCGGACCAGUCCUGUAACUAUAAAUAUCCCAUAAUGAUACCAAUGCUGGAUCAUGGGGAUAGUAACUUAGAAAUGGCGCUGUUAUAACUUCUAACUUCAAUUUGAAAGAGAAGUUCUGAGAAGCGACACAAAUGGGGAUUACAAUGAAUGGUUUAUUCAAAAAUAUUGUCAAUAUUUGAUGUUUGUACUUCUAGAAUGAAGAAAAGAUUCGUACGGUAUGGCAUCUCUGUGGCCAAAGGGUGUUUACGACAUCCUAAUCAUAAAGUUUCAAUAUGAAAACUAAUACUGACCAAAAUAAAUCCUCAAUUUGUUUUUAU